AUGUCCGGGCGACGGGUUAGACCAGCGGACGCCGUCGAGGCCGACCGAGAUGUCGAGAUGAAAGACCGCGACGACAACGACGUCGCAGAUGAAGUCGAUGAUGAUGCUGGCGGUGGAAUGAGCCGGGAAGACGAUGCCGAAGACGACGCCGAAGACGACGCCGAAGACGACGCCGAAGACGACGCUGAAGACGACGCUCAAGACGACGCCCAAGACGACGCCAGCGACGACAAUGGAGGCGCGCAAGACCACGACAUGUUCCAAACCAUCCAGCGGCUCUCCACCUAUCUAUGCACCGUCGAAGAGGACGGUGAAGAAUUAGCAGCAGGUUUCCAACGCAUUCCCAAUCGGCGCGUAUUGCCUGACUACUUCGAAGUCAUAUCCGAGCCUAUCGCCUUCAGCACCAUCCGUGGGAAAACACAAAAGAAGCUAUACACGACGUUUGCCGAAUUUGUCAAAGAUGUGGCCCAAAUUUGUCACAAUGCGCAAGUUUAUAAUCGACCUUCUGCGCCCAUAUUCGGAGCUGCCGUGCGCCUUCGCGAGAUCUUCCAUGAGGAACUGGGAAAGCUGGUAGACAAAGGCCAGAUUACUGUCGAUGAUGCCGAACUCCCCGACCUGGGUGAGCUUCCGCCAGCGGAAGAGUCCCCCUCACGGGACUCAGAGGAGGAGGAUGCUGGGGAGGCAGAAGAUGACGAAGAGGAGGAUGAAGAGGAGGAUGAGGAUGAUGACUCGUCUGAUGAUGACUCCGGAGGACGUCGCCGACGGCGGAGGCCCGGCUGGAGACGACCAUCCUCGGCUAGCCGGAAGGAUCGCGAUGGCGACAAGGAGGACGAUGCCCACAAGAAGAGAGGCCGCCCGCCAAGCGUACUCACGCCUAUGGAGGCCCGCAUCUCCUCCAUACUCAAGGGCCUAAGGAAGUUCAAGGAUGCAGACGGAAGCAUGCUAAUACUGCCUUUCGAGAAGCUGCCAGACAAGGCUGUGGUUCCCGAUUACUACCAGGCAAUCACCAACCCCAUCGCCCUCGACAACAUCAAGAAGAAGGCCAAAAGAAAGAAGUAUCUCGACGUGGACCAAGUCCUUGCCGACCUGAAUACUAUGUUCGAGAAUGCCAAGAAAUACAACGAAGACGACAGCGAGGUGUACCAGGCCGCAGUUGAGCUCCAAAGCCAGGCCCGCACGCUUGCCGAACAAGAAAAGGCCAGGCCGGACGACGAUUUUCGGGAUGAAGAUGGCAAACUCCCUCUGGCUGAGAUAAUCUACAAUGGGCAGACAUGGAGAGUUGGCGACUGGGUGCAUAUCCGGAACCCCAAUGACUUGGCAAAACCAAUCGUAGCCCAAAUUUUCCGAACGUGGCAAGAUCGCGGGGGCCAAAAAUGGAUCAAUGCUUGCUGGUACUACCGGCCCGAGCAGACGGUUCAUCGUUACGAGAAACACUUUUUCGAGCACGAGGUGGUCAAGACGGGCCAGUAUCGCGACCAUCAGAUCAGCGACGUGCUCGAUCGCUGUUUCGUCAUGUUCGUGACACGGUUCAACAAAGGGCGCCCACGGGGGUUCCCGCCUGACAAGGAGGUCUAUAUUUGCGAAUCGCGGUACAACGAGGAAAAGUUCCGGUUCAACAAGAUCAAGACAUGGGCGAGCUGUGUGCCAGACGAGGUGCGAGAGAGAGACUACGAGAUGGACCUGUUCAACGCGCCGCGGCGCAUGAAGAAAGUUCCCAGCCCGAUCAAGCACCUGUUGCGCGAGGAUGCCAAAGAAACGGACGACCUCCCGCGCCCUACCUGGGGGAGCCCCAAUGCGCCGCCCAUCGUGGGUGCUGUGCAUCGACGGCCGCCAGAGCCCAAUGAAUCGCCUCCGCCCGAGCCAACUCCGCCACCGCAAACCGCCUCGAUGGCGGACAUGCAAGCCAACACGUUGCGGCGCUCCUCGAUGAUGUCCAUGGCCAGGGACGCACAGGCAGACGUUUCAGCCAGGGCCGCCCAGAUUUCGUUUCAUCCGCCUGGGCCCUCACCAUCGCCCAACUCGUUCAACGCGCAGAUGACGCCUCACUUCCAGCCGGUGACCCCGGCGCCGGGCGGCCAAGCGAUGCACCAGACCCCAGUGCCGAUCCCCCACCCGCCACAUCACGCCGCCUCCGGACACCAGAUGGGUGGUAUGCGGCCUGUACACUACCAGCACCAGCCCCAGCCCCAGCCUGGCUUUGUCCCCAACUAUCCACUUGCAUACCCGCAGUCUCCAGCAGCGGCACCACAUCACCAGCCAAUGGCCAACCCGCUCACCGGAGGCUACUCCCAAGGGCACUUAGCUCCAGGAGCUCAUGUGCCUUUCACGCCGGGCGGCAACACGGCCGCGCCACACGCCAAUAUCUACAACCCGCCGAGGCCGCCAGAAGUCUACACUCUGCCGGAGAACGUCAAUGAGUCGAUCCCACGUGAGAUGCGUGAGGGGUUUCAGCACGAUAGCGCAGGACGGAUCCUAUUCUUCACGGCGCCGCCACUCGAUCGAAGCCACGGCGGGCUCGCAUCGAGUAGUGCAGCUCUGGGACACAGCGUGAGAUAUCUUGCCGGACGGGAAGCCUGGCUGUCUGAGCGAACCAGGAAGCGAAAGGAGCGGGACGAGGCGGAGACUGCUGGUGCUGGCGAGAAGCGCAAGAACCCACAGGACCCUUGUCUAUUGGCCGAGGACUCUGUGGCGGCGCAAGCUGCCCGAGCUCUGAACCAGUGGUUCCAGCAUCUAGGGCAGGGGACGCUUGAGUGGCGAGCAGACGCUGGACUAGACGGGUGGCGCAAAGCGGCUGAUGCGAGCGGAAUGGCAUGA